AUGAACAGCAACCAGGGACGCGUCUAUCUCUUCGGAGACCAGACCAAUGACUUUGUUCCAGGCCUUCGCCAGCUUCUACGCGCCAAAGACUGCCCUUUGGUUCUUUCAUUUCUUGAGAAGACUCACCUUGCAUUGAGGCAAGAGAUCGCACAGCAAGGUCGUCAGACUCAAGAGCUUCUGCCGCGCUUUGCGAAUAUCGGAGAUCUCUUUGCCGCGUACUCACCGGAGCAUGAGGCGGCGUCUGUCCUCGCUAGUACACUCACUACCAUCUACCAGCUCGGUGGAUUCAUACGUUAUUAUGGCGAUGGUUGCAGGCAGUACCCUUCAGGAUCAAACCACGUCGUGGUAGGCAUGUGUACCGGCCAGCUCGCCGCAAGUGCUGUUGCAUCUGCCUCUAGCGUCGGCGAGUUGGUAUCAUUGGCUGUCCAGGCUGUCGUGAUUGCAUUCCGCACAGGCCUCCAUGUCACCAAUGCCCGUAACUUGCUUAGUAAUGAUACGGACAAGACUCAGAACUGGUCCUACAUCGUACCGAAGCUACAAGUCGAGACUGCUGCUUCGCGUAUCGAGCAAUUCUCUCAAUCAGCUAACUUGCCUAUUGGCGCAAGACCAUUUAUUGGCACCGUGGCCCCAUCUAGCACCACGAUCUUCGGAGAGCCCAAUGUUCUCAAGGCCUUCUUCAGUUCACCCAUCAUGAGUGAUAUUCGGGCUAUUCCGGCCCCGAUCUUUGCUCCGUACCACGAGCCGCAUCUAUACUCGGAAUCAGACAUUGACGACAUCCUAGCGGACCUUCCUCAGACCACUAUCAACACCGUGCUCAAGCUUCCCGUCCUCUCCAGCGUUACAGGUGAGCCAAUCCAGGCUACCACAUUUGGGGCUGCUCUCCGGACCUCGCUGGAUGAGUUCCUCAGGCACCCUCUCCACCUAGAGAAUAUCAUCCAGUCUAUCAGCAUUAGCUGUGAAGCUUCUACUUGCAACGACUGGGUUGUUUCAUUAGUCGGCACCACUUCACGGAUCCUGGCUAGUGCUCUCGGUGAAAUUGAAUCGCUCUCAGUCGACACGGAGCACAUAACAAGCACCCCAAGCGCCAGUGGUCCUCGCUCUCAAAUCAGCAGCAGUGGUCGACCCGAACAGUCCAGAAUUGCCAUCAUAGGAUAUUCAGGCAGAUUCCCCGAGGCCGCAAACCCGGAGGGUCUCUGGAAGAUCCUCCAGGAAGGACGGGACGUUCAUCGCGAAAUUCCCGCAGACCGCUUCGAUGUGGACGCUCAUUAUGACCCCACAGGAAAGAAGAAGAACACGUCAACGAUCCGAAACGGUUGCUUCAUCAAUGAGCCCGGCCUUUUCGACUCUCGCUUUUUCAACAUCUCUCCCAGAGAAGCGGAUCAAUCGGAUCCCGCCCAGCGACUUGCUUUGAUGACCGCCUAUGAGGCUCUCGAAAUGGCUGGUGUUGUCCCUGAUAAGACUCCUUCAACUCAGCGAGACCGAGUGGGUGUCUUCUAUGGAAUGACUAGUGACGACUGGCGCGAGGUCAACUCCGGACAGGAUGUGGGCACGUAUCAUAUCCCUGGUACCAACCGCGCUUUCACGCCGGGACGGAUUAACUACUUCUUCAAGUUCACUGGUCCUAGUAUCAAUGUCGAUACCGCCUGUUCGUCUAGCGCUGCCGCCAUUCACCUAGCUUGCAACUCGCUUUGGAGAAACGACUGCGACACCGCUAUUGCAGGCGGCACAAACGUCAUGACCAACCCCGAUAACUUCGCUGGUCUGGACAAGGGUCACUUCCUUUGCCAGAGUGGAAAUUGCAAAACUUUCGAUGACGGCGCUGACGGCUACUGCCGAGCUGAUGCCGUUGGAACAGUGAUCUUGAAGAGGUUGGAAGACGCGCUGGCCGAUAGAGACCCAAUCCAGGCAGUCAUCUGCGGUGCUUACACCAACCACUCCGCCGAGGCUGAGUCCAUCACUCGUCCCAACGCUGGCGCACAGGCUGCCAUUUUCCGCCGCAUUCUCAAUGACUCUGGCCACGACCCACUGGACGUGAGCUACAUUGAGAUGCACGGCACAGGAACUCAAGCCGGUGACGCAGUAGAGAUGAAGUCGGUUCUCGAAGUGUUUGCGGGCAAACGCUCAGGACGAACUGCGGCACAGCCGCUAUAUCUCGGCUCAGUUAAAGCGAACGUCGGCCACGCUGAAUCUGGAUCUGGAGUCACAUCUCUAAUUAAAGUCAUGAUGAUGAUGAAGAACAGCGAGAUCCCGCCUCAUAUUGGUAUCAAGACCAAGAUCAACAGUGGAUUCCCAACUGACCUGAGAGAACGGGGCAUCCGUAUCGCCAUGGAAGCAACGCCCUGGCGACCGGCAGCGGAUGCUAGGCGAAUGGCAUUCCUCAACAACUUCAGCGCAGCCGGUGGUAACUCGGCGCUUCUCAUCGAAGAUGCGCCCGCGCCGUUUGAGCCUGAGACGUCGAGCGAUCCCAGGACAGCCCAUGUAGUUGCUGUAUCAGCUAGAACUACACAGUCGCUUCGUCGCAAUGUCGAGCGCCUUGCUGAGCACCUUGGGAAGUUCCCUGACACAUCACUUGCAAGCUUGGCUUACACGACCACCGCCCGCCGCAUCCACCACAAUUUCAGACUCUCUGUCACCGGUCGAACGAUUGCAGACGUGAAAACGGCUCUUGAGCAGUCGGCUGGCCUAGAAGCCCGGCCUAUUCCUCGGAAACAACCUGGCGUCGCCUUCGCAUUCACUGGGCAGGGCUCCGUAUACGCGGGCAUGGGACAGCAGCUCUUUACUAGCUUCAGUGUCUUCCGCAAGGAGAUCCAGCGCCUAGCUGGAAUCGCCGACAGUUUUGGAUUCGAUUCAUUCCUUCCAGUGAUCAAUGAUACUGCGGCAAACGAUGCGCUCACUCCACAAGCCUCGCAGCUAGCCUUGACCUGUUUCGAGAUUGCUCUAGCUCGGCUCUUCGAGUCCUUCGGAGUUGUCCCGAGCGUAGUCGUCGGACACAGCCUCGGCGAAUAUGCCGCUCUGCACAUCUCCGGAGUCUUGUCUGCCAGAGACGUUGUGUUCCUCGUCGGAACGCGAGCUCGCAUUAUGGAGCAGCGCUGCUCUGCUGGAACUCACGCUAUGUUGGCUAUUAAGGCACCCAUUUCUGAGCUUGCCCAGGUUAUGCAGAACCAUCGUUUGGAGGUUGCAUGUGUCAAUGGACCGACUCAGACUGUUCUUGCUGGCUUAGGAGCUGAUGUGGAGAGCGCACAAGGGGCACUGCAAUUAUCUGGUGUUAAGUCAAGUAAACUGAGCACGGCUUUCGCCUUCCACAGCUCCCAGGUAGAGCCGGUUCUCGAAGAGUACAAGCAACUAGCUCGCGGUGUUGCAUUCAGGAAACCCACAAUUCCCAUCCUGUCGCCGCUAUUGGCCACUGUUGUCACCGAAGAGGGUGAAAUAAACACCCAAUACUUGGCCCGUCACUGUCGCGAGAUGGUUGACCUCGUGGGUGCUGUCGAAUCCGCCAUCUCUCAGAAGGUUGUGUCAGAAGACACUGUCUGUGUCGAGAUUGGGCCAGUUCCUUUCGUGACGGGAAUGUUGAAAUCCUGCAUCGGAUCGUCUCUUAAGACCGUCGCCCCUGUGCGCAAGGGUGACGAUCUCUGGAAGACAAUGGGAGACGCUCUUUCUGGAAUUUACCAAUAUGGUCUAGAUAUCCAAUGGCGCGAAUAUCACCGAGACUUCAACGCCUGCCAUGAGGUUAUUUCACUCCCUGCUUAUGCUUGGGACCUCAAGAACCACUGGAUUCAAUACGUGCACAACUGGUGCUUAACAAAAGGACAGGCCCCAGCUGCUAUAACUGAGGCCCCAUUGCCUUCUGCUGCACCGCCAAAGUUUCUAUCCGCCACUUGUCAAAGGGUUUUGGAAUCGGAACACGGAGAAGAUAAGUCGUUCGUGCUCAUCGAAUCGGAUAUCUCUCACCCUGACCUCCGAGCUGUCUUCGAGGCGCACAAAGUAAAUGGCGCGGUUCUGUGUCCAUCUUCAGUUUACGCUGACAUCGCUGUUACUCUUGGUAACUACCUCAGUGAGGGUAAUUCGAUUGAGAGCAACAAGGGUAUCGAAGUUGCUGACAUGGCAACCACCAAGCCUCUUCUCAUGCGUACACCCGGCAAGUCAGAGCUCUUCCGUGUAUCUGCCGAAGCCAACUGGGCUACGCAGACUGCCAACGUUGUUUAUUACAGCGUGGACUCCCACGGCGCAACUACACAGCAGCACGCUACGUGCACCAUCAGAUUCGGAGACCCAGAGGCUUGGAAGUCGGAGUGGAAGCGCUCGGCAUAUCUGGUCAAGUCUCGGAUGCAGAGCCUACGUGAAGCUGCCGAAGAUGGUACCUGCCACUUACUCAAGCGAGGAAUGGUAUACAAGCUCUUCGGCAACUGCGUGGAGUAUGGAGAGAAAUUCCAGGGCAUCGAGGGAGUGUACCUUGACAGUAAAGGUCAUGAAGCGACAGCCAGUGUCACAUUGAAGGAUAGGAGCACCUGCUUUGAGGCUAACCCUUACUAUAUCGACAGUCUGGGUCACUUGUCCGGCUUCAUCAUGAACGCUACAGAAUCGUUUGACUAUAGGUCCCAAGUGUUCCUCAAUCAUGGUUGGGAGUCAAUUCGAUGCGCUGUCAAGCUUUCUCCUGAAGAGACAUACCAUACCUAUGUCAAGAUGCAGUCUUCGGAUGGGACGAAGUACGUCGGUGACGUCUAUGUCUUCCACGGCGACUCCAUCGUGGGUGUUAACCAAGGUGUUGCGUUCCAAUCCGUGCCGCGCAAGGUCCUUGACUUCCUUCUUCCCAACGGUGCAAAGUCUAUCGGCACAAAGGCACCCAUGGAGACAAGCAAGAUGACCACUGCGGCUGUGACUAAGCCACAGAAGCCAGCUACCAGCCGUCCAGAGCCCGCCCAAAUGCCGAAGAAGCAGAUGUCGCGAUCGCCGCAGAUGGACAGCAUGUCGGAGCCACUUCUGAUUAUACAAGCCAUGAAGAUUAUUUCUGAAGAGACAGGCGUUCCUCUCGCGGAAAUGAAGAAGGAUCUGGUUUUGGCGGAUGUUGGCAUCGACUCACUCCUAUCUUUGACUGUCUAUGGAAGGCUAAGAGAGGAAUUGAAUCUGGAAGUCAGCUCGACUCUCUUCAUCGAUUACCCGACAGUGGGAGACAUCAAAAGAUGGCUUGGCGCCGCCUCAGGGCCGGUGAAUGCUGACGCUUAUGACAGCUCCAAGAUAUCAACUCCUCAAUCUGAUGUCUUUUCCGAAGAAGAAGCGGAAUCGGCUAGCGACAUUUCUACCAACGGUGAUAUCGCAACUCCGGAGUCAGAAGAGGUGUAUCCCAUCAAGGGAAUCUGCGCUAUCUUGGCCGAAGAGAUCGGAGUGAAGGUCGAUGAGGUGUGGGACGUGUCCUCCCUGGCUGAACUGGGACUGGACUCCUUAAUGUCCCUAACUGUGCUCGGGAGACUGCGAGAAGAGCUGAACGUCGACCUCCCCGCGGACUUUCUUCUUCUCGAUGACAUGGCUGUUAUUCGGAAAAGACUGAUGGGCGGGUCCUCGGAGCCUGAAGUUCCGGCUCCUGUCACAACUACUACCGUGCGUGUAGAGCCCCCGGCCACUAUCCCAGCAGCAACAUCUGUCGUUGUUCAGGGAAAUCUCAAGACAGCGCGUAAGGUCCUCUUCCUUUUCCCUGAUGGCUCAGGCUCUGCAACUGCCUACGCUGGGCUUCCUCGUGUCGCGCCUGACGUUGCAUUGGUGGCACUGAACUGCCCAUAUGUAAAGCGACCUCAAGAUAUGAAAUGUGCUCUGCAAGACCUCACGACGCCGUACCUCAGCGAGGUCCGCCGACGGCAGCCACACGGCCCUUACUAUGUAGGAGGCUGGUCCGCAGGCGGAAUUUCAGCCUACGAUGCCGCAGCCACGCUCAUGGCCCAGGGUGAGGAGAUUGCGGGUUUGAUCUUGUUGGAUUCGCCUAACCCGAUUCAUCUCGAGAAACUGCCGCAGCGCUUGUUCCACUUCCUCAACCGCGCCGGUGUUUUUGGAUCAGACAGCUCAAAGGGAGCACCCGAUUGGCUCCUACAGCACUUCAAUGCUUUCCUCGACGCGCUUGACAAGUACGAGAUCAAGGCAUUCGGGCCAGGAAAGACGCCCCCAACGCACACUCUGUGGGCUGCUGAUGGAGUUUAUAAAUCAACUGGAGGGGAGAGACUUGAGGAGCAAGCAGACGACACGCGUGAGAUGAAGUGGUUACUGAACGAGAGGACUGAAUUUGGCGCCAAUGGAUGGGAUAGUGUGAUUGAACCAGGGCGCUUGAACAUAGAGGUUUUACAGGGUGCAAACCAUUUUACCAUGAUGGAGGGACCCCAAGGCCACAGGUUGAGCCAGUUCUUAGCGAGAGCGCUAAGCGCUUGAGGUUUCUGUCAGUCAAGAUCCUUUCGCUUUCUCCUUUGUCUUUUCGGCGUUGGGGGUAACGGCGCAUUUCUGGGGGAUUUCAUCUGGUUGCAUUUCAAAGUCGCAUAUUCUGUCUGAUUUAGAGUUGUAUAUCAGUAUAAAUAGUUUCUUAGAUGUAUUGGCGCUAGUCAAAUAAACCAAAUUAUGUUAUUUCAUUGUUUGGCCGGUUCGAUGCAAUCUGUGUAGUACGGCAAUAUUCUAGCGAAUUAUGAGAUUGAUGAUAAAAUAUCAGACUAGGACAGGACCGAAUCGGUCCAUUUCAUUGAUAGGAUGCUGAGUUUUUGAUCUGGUUACUGACAUGUUGCCGGCGUCAGGCUACAUUACUAGGAGUGACUAUUGCGAAGUCGGUGAUCAAUAUUGCGUCCGUCACGUUGUUGUGAGAUACGAUGUAGCCGUGGCAUAUCGGUGGCCAACAUUGACGUUGAUUGUCGGCUCGUGUACACACGGAUAACUCGGAC